GUUAAACAUGCUGAAAAGGUUUGUGCGCGCAUGUAUAUGAAAUAAAAAACAAACAUUUUCGAGAGACUGCUGACCAUACAUUUAAAAAAUUUAGUGAAUGUCAAAUACUCAGUUAAAUAUAAUUGGACUUAUCUUACUUUUCAUUUGCCUUUUAAAAACUACAAAAUCAGAUCCACAAUGUUCAGGUAUCAGUAAUGUACAACGUUUGGAUUGUUAUCCGAGUAUUGAUUCAAAUAAGGAUAGAUGCGUCGCUAGAGGAUGCUGCUGGGUACCCAAAAAUGAACAUGAUGGGUUACCAUAUUGUUACUUCCCAAAAGACUAUGCCACAUAUAGUGUAGUGUCAACAGAAAAAACUGAACGUGGAUUCAUUGCUCAGUUGAACAAACCUAAUUCAAGUUAUUAUACAGAUGAAAUUAAAAAUAUUGCAGUCGAAGUUAGAGAGGAAACUUCAACUAGACUGCGUAUACGAUUUACAGUGCCUUCACAACCCAAUAGAUGGGAACCACCUAUCCCAUUGGGACAACCAGAUGAUACGCCAGUGUCAAAUGUCCAGUAUAAGGUUGUUAUGGACAAAUCACCUUUUGGAUUGAAGAUCAUGAGAAAUAAUAAUGAACAGGAAAUACUUAUGGACUCGACCGGAUCAUUAGCCACAGCUUUUAUUUUUUCCGAUCAAUUCAUACAAAUAUCAUUCCGCAUAAACGCUCAAAGCGGUUUCGGUCCUGGAGAAUUUGAGCAACAUUAUCCAAAUACAUUUAAUGCAUGGACCAGGGCAGGCUUUUGGGCACAUGAUGGAGAUCCACAUCCAAAUGCCAAUCUUUAUGGUGUACACAAUUUCUUCAUGGGUCUGAAACAUGAUGGAACUGCAUUCGGGAUCUUCUUCCUCAACAGCAAUGCACAAGAAGUAGCUACAACACCUCUACCAGCUAUCACAUAUCGAACAAUUGGUGGCAUAUUAGACUUCUUCAUCUUCACUGGACCAAAACCAUUAGAUGUCGUGAAUCAAUAUUACACUCUCAUCGGACAUCCACCGAUACCACCAUACUGGUCACUAGGAUUUCAUCUCUGUAGAUAUGGUAUGAAGAAUUUGGAUGAAGUGAAGGCAGUACUCAAACGGAAUUUGGAUGCAGGGAUUCCCGUAGACGCACAAUGGUUUGAUAUCGACUACAUGGAUGCAUACAAGAUUUGGUCAGUGGACAAUAAGAGGUUCGGUGGGAUGAGUGAUUUCGUGAAGGAUGUCCUACACGACAAGUACAAAAUGAGAGCUGUGUUAAUUGUAGAUCCAGCUGUCAGCACGAAGGGUGGUAAAGACUAUUUACCAUACAAGGAGGGCAUGAGACUAGGCGUUUUCAUCAAUGACAGUCGGACCGGUACUCCGAUUCUGGGUACUGUGUGGCCAGGAGAGACCGUCUUCCCAGAUUUCACUCACCCAGCCACUGAGGAUUGGUGGUACAAGUCUGCGUCAGACUUCCACAAGCUGGUCAACUUCGAUGGUUUGUGGCUAGAUAUGAAUGAGCCUGCGAGUUUCAAUGGUGGAUCACUCACUGGUUGUCCUUCAUGGAAUAAACUAGACAAUCCUCCAUAUGUUCCUCGAGUCCUUCAGAACUCGUUGUAUGACAAAACAAUAUGUCCAUCAGCCUUGCAUCACAACACGACACAUUAUAAUCUGCAUAAUAUGUAUGGUUAUGAGGAAGCUCGAGUGACUCACAGGGUAUUGACUCGAUUAUUUCCAGAGAAGCGACCUUUCAUACUGACUCGUUCAAGUUUCGCCGGCUCAGGUCGGUACACAACUCACUGGACAGGUGAUGUGUUGUCGACGUGGGAUAGUCUGAAGAUGUCCGUUUCGCAGAUAAUCAACUUCAAUAUGUUUGGAAUUCCAAUGGUUGGUGCUGAUAUAUGUGGAUUUGUGGGAAAUACUACUGAGGAGUUGUGUGUACGAUGGAGUCAGUUGGGUGCUUUCUAUCCAUUUUCUAGAAAUCAUAAUGAAGAUGAUGCAGACGAUCAGGAUCCAGCUUACUGGAGUGAAGAAGCUACUAAGGCUAUCAAAGAAGCUAUCAAACUGAGAUAUCACCUACUACCAUACAUAUAUUCCCUAUUCUAUCGAUCUUACUUCCAUGGGACGACUGUGGCUCGUGCUCUAGCCUUCGAGUUCCCUGAAGAUUUGGCCACACACAAGGUCAAUGCACAAUUCAUGCUUGGAUCGUGCAUCCUCGUCACUCCAGUGUUGGAUGAAGGGCGAACAGGUGUGGAGGGUUAUGUUCCAAUGGGUGAAUGGAUCAACCUAGCCACUGGAAAACGGUAUGUCAGUCAAGGUGAUUGGGUGUAUUUCGGGGCACCAUUGAACGUUAUUCCAAUUUCCGCCAGAUGUGGUUGUAUCAUUCCUAUGCAGGUAUCUACUGAAGUAACGGACAUUGCACGGAAGAAGGGAUUUGCUUUGUUGGUACUUUUGUCUUCAACGGAUGAUGGUAGUGAUACUACUGGGAAGGGAAUCACAGCAUCGGGUGAGUUGUAUUGGGAUAAUGGAGAUGAUGCCAAAUUGAAUUAUUUGCAUGUGAGUUUUGAAGUUCGGAACCGUGUUCUGUCAGCGAUUUCGACACCUUCCAGUCAUGAAAGUUUACAGAAAAUCGAUUUGAAAGAACUGGACCUUAAAGCUGUGCUUAUUGUCGGUAUGAGUAGAACGCCCACAGAGGUUUUGAUAAAUGAUAAAUCUGUGGAAUUUACGUACAUUGAGGAUUUACAAACAUGUCAUAUAGCGAAGAAACAACCCCUUACAUCAUUAAAGAGUAAUUUCACAGUUAAGUGGAAAUUUUAAUUUUUCUAUUUAUCAUCUUAUCCUACUUUUAAUAAAUUAGUUGUUGUCCUACAUUCACAGUGAUAUCACAAACGUUGGUAAUUUCAUUCUCUUUGUAAAAAUUACACACACAUCAGGUAGGUAAAAAUGCUUCUUAUUUCAUCUUGAUUUAUUCAACUUUACGAGUGUUCCUGAUUUGUAUGGACAGAGAAUAUUUAUUUAUAUCUUGGAAUAAGGACUUGUUCUCCGAAAUGAUUUUGUUUGAAAUUCAGCUUUCGCCGAGAUUUUAUUCACCUUCAGUGUGAGCACUUGUUUUUGAAGAUAAAUAUGCCGUAUGCGUAUUUAUACGGUCUGGCUUCUUCUGUUUCAAUCCGACCACUUAGCCUUUUUAUUUAAAUUUUGAAUAUUGAUAAAAGGCCUGUUCUUACUUGUCAUUAUUUUCAGUAAUCUGUUUGAAAAUGAUUCUUUUUUUGACACAAUAUAAUCUAUUUUGCUC